AUUGUAAUUGAAUUUUGAUAAUUGUACGGUGUUGUUUUGCUGGGUUCAUUACAUUAGAUUUACUCGAAUUGGUUGUGUAAUUGUAUUGUACCGUUAACCCCGCAAAAAUCGAAAUCACAUACAAGGCAUCAUGUUACAAAGAUCAGUAUUAAAACGUUUAUUACAACGAUCAUGGACAUUCCGAGUGGGUUCAACCACUAAGAGUGUACCACUUGCUCAAUUACUUUUGGCUUAUCGGGGAGGUGAUGGCAUUGGUACAAUGAAUCUGAUGAGAUAUGCCACUAUUAAAACCUUUGCCACCUCCUCUGAUGUCACGGGUGAAGACCAACAAGAAUAUGAAAUAGAUUUGAUAUCACUUAAAAAGACACCUAAGACUCAGGGACCUAAGUCUGAUACUAAAAAGAUUGAUAAUGUUGAUGCUAAUGCUGAAUCAUCAUCAGAUUUCAAAAUAAAAUGUUUUGAUGAUCUCAACUCAUCAGUAGUUCCAAAGGGUCCCGAAUCUACUAAUUAUAUAUACGAUGCAAUUGAUGAACUUAUGGAUGAACAUGAAAUGGAUGAUGAUCGUAGCAGAUUUGUUGAAAAGUAUUAUGAUGGUAUUCAGGUACUCCUUAAGUUUAUUCAAAAGUCGUAUAGUAAUAAGAUUAGAGAUUUUGAUCAAUUGACUUCAGUGGAAUUAUCUAAUUGUUUAUAUAUCUUUAAGAAUUACUAUAUGAAUCGUAAAGUUAGUUCCAUACCACCAGAAAAGUAUGAUUGGUAUAAUGAUAUGGUUAGUAAGUUUUUGGCAAUUCUUCAAGAGGAUAAAAAAUUCCCCUCUGAACUCACACAAGAACUUAUUCCUAAUGUUGGAGAAUUCCGGAUCGUUAAGCCAUUAAUUGUGGCAGGAUUUGGUAGAUUUGCCGAUGAAUUGAAAUCAUUAGAUAAUGAACUUGAUUUCAACAAGUUGAAAACAUUUAAGGAAUUAUCAAACAAAAUUGAUAUUACUUUAAAACAAUUUCAACAAUUUUCUCAUGAUUUUAAUGAUCCAGAUUCCAAUUAUAUUCGGAUUUUUAUACAAAUUAAACGGUAUAAUAAAUUAAAGGAACUUUUGGAUAAAUUUCCUAAGGGGAAUGUUAAGAAUUUAUUAACUUUAGUUAAUUCACAAUUUGAUUUUCUUUUUGGAGACUUGUCGUUAAUAGAAGAGAAUCCUUAUUUUGACGAAGUGACGGGUAUGCCAUAUGUAAAUGGAGUUUGGAAGAUUUUGAAUCUGAGAUUUAAUUUUACUAAGUACAAUUCAUUUUUAGAAGUGGCACCUGAAUUAUUCGAGAUUAUUAAAAAUAAUCAACUUGAUACUGGAAUUAGAUUACUUGCUAGAGAUUAUUUGGAAUAUUAUAUUAGUGCAAUUGCUAAUGGAUAUAUUCGAAUUGAUGAAGUUGAUCAAUACUUUGAUGAACAACCAGAUAUAAUUGUUACUGUGAAAUAUAAAUAUUUUAAGAAUUGGCUUGAUAAUUAUGUUUUUGAAAUCUUGUUACAGGAUAGAUUUCCUAUAAGUCGGUUUAAAGAAAUUGCUCAUACUACUGAUAGAUUCGAUAAACAAUCACCUAAUUUCUAUUAUCCAGAAUAUGAGGAAAUCAUUCAACGAUUAGAAUCUCAAUUUGAUUAUUCCGAUGUUUAUAAUUAUGAUAACUACUAUGAUGCAACCAUUAACAAAUUUCCAUCGAUUGAUAUUAUUUCAUUUCUUCAUAAAGUGCUUGAGAAUAAACCUGCUUAUAAUAAAUUAUUAGCUAAUAGUAUAACUCGUAAGUAUGAUGAAGUAAUGGUUGUUCCUGAUACUAUUGAACUUGAAAUUAUUAAAUUUAAAUUAUUUGAUUUAAUGAGAAGCUAUUUUAAGAAUGGAUUUAAACAAGCUAGUGUAAAACAAAUCUUGGCUACUAUUGAUGAAUAUGAAGAACAAUUGGAACUGGAUGAUGACUAUAAAGUUGUAAAGGCUGACCGUAUGAGAUUCUACCUUUACAGUUAUCUUGUUAAGAAUAAAGGAAGUGUAGAAGAAUUAGAUUUAGUGAUACAAGACUUUAUCAAAGAAUGGAAAACUUUAGUGGUUGAAGCUGACCAAGAAGAAGCCAAAAUAUUCGGACUUAAUGAACCGAUUGGGUUAAUGGAGUAUUAUAAAGAUUUAACAUCAAUUGGAAUUUAUUUCGGUAAAUCAUCGAAUGUAGAAAUCCUUGAUGCGGUAAGAAGUCAAAUUAAACUACCAGAAGAUGAUAAAGAGCCAGAUACAAAUGCCGGAUUUAAAUAUCCUGAAAACUCAUAUAGACUCAAAUCACUUUAUAAAUUACUUGAGAAAUUGUUUAGUAUUAAUAUUAAUUCUAGCAAAAAAUUACAAAACUUUCUUGAUUAUAAUGGACUGUUUUAUUUAUAUCAUGAUGUCAAACAAUGUCUUCGGUUCACUAGUCCAUACAUUCAAAUUCCGGAACAAUUACGUCUUCAUGAGUAUUAUAAGGAAUUGAAUGCAUUUAGAUCACUUCUUCGAAAUGAGAAUUAUAAAGAUUCUGAUCCGGAAGAGAUUAUGGGAUUAUUAGAUUAUAAAAUUGAUCAAACAUUCUAUGAUAAAGUUCAAAUCAAUUCUCCCAUUAAUAAGGAAAAUGUUUGUGAUUAUAUUCGAUUACAGAAGAAAUUAGAUCAAUUAUUUGUUAUUAAUAAUGGGAAUACUGCGGUAUUAGAUACUUUAAUUCAUAGUCAAUUGGCAUUUGAAGAAUUGGAACAUACAAAACAAAAUCCUCCAUCAAUACCUUAUAAACAAGUACCUGAUGAUUUCUUAUUAGAAGAAUAUAUUAUUGAAUUAAUUCAAUUAAAGGAGGAAUUAAAAAUUGAUAAUUUUAAACAAGUAAGUCCUCAAAUUAUUUUAAGUAAAUUAUUAGAAUUAUCCAAUGGAGAUGGGAGUAGUUCUAAAAAGAUUGUUUGGAGUAAAUUAUAUCGAAAUUUAACAGUAUUAUUUCAAAUUAAUGGAAAUCAUACAUUUAUAUUGGAUAAUGUACUUAUUAAUGGUGAAGAAUUUAUUAAAUUUGAAUCUAAAAAAUCAUUUGAACAAUUAAUUUCUAAGCAUGAGAAUUCUUGGAUUGGAGAAAAUAGUAAAUUAAUUAAUAAUUAUUAUGAAUAUAUUCAAGAAAUCUUAUCUAAACUGGGAUUAAUUGAUCGAUAUGGGAUUUGGAAACUUAAACCAGAAGAAUUUGAAAGUAUUUUAUCGGGAUUUAUUUCGAUGUAUGAUAAGAAAUCUUAUGAUUAUCCGGUAAUUUCAAGUUUAGUAGAUUCCUUAAAAGUAUUAAAUUCAAAAUUAGAUUAUUAUCCAAAUUUCUUACAACAAUUGUAUGAGAUUAAAUCAAAUAAUAUUGAUAAACAAUUGACUGAAUUGGAUGUUGAAGAUAUUUAUAAGGCAUUUAUUGAAAAUAUGGAAUAUGAAGAAUCUCAAGAAAAGACGACGACAGGUGAAGAUGAAAUCGAAGAACGAGUUAUUUGUACUUCAGAUAAAACUAAUGUUGGUAUUAAAGAUAUUAGAUCCAGACCCGAUCAUGAAUCUUUAACUGAUGAACAAGUUGAAAGCCUUCGAGCUGAAUAUAAUGAUUCUGAACAGGUUAUAUCUGAACUUAUUAGGAAUGAAGAAUCAAUUGAUCUUGAGAAUAAUAAGGUAUUAAAUGAUGAAAAGAUGUUUAAAGAUGCUAUACCAAUUGAUACUAAAGAAUCUUCAGAAAUCCAUUCAAGAGAUUUGUUGAAAGGACAACCUCUUUAUAAGAAAUUUGAUAUUACUGCUCAAGUUGAAUCUUUACAUCCUCAAGAGAAGGUUGUAGUUGAUAAAUUCUCCUUGGAACACUUUUUAAAGGAUGCCAAAACUUCGAGUGAUUUAGCAGCAGAAAGUCAAUUUAGACAAGAUAAUGCAUUUGAAUGGAGUCGUAGUAUGUGUAAUUCUCAUCGGACUUUAGAAUCCAAGAAUUUCUUUGAUUCAUUAGCUGAAGCUGAAGCUGAAGAUGAAAGAUUAUCAUCUAGUGAUGAUACUGAAUUUGUAUUAUUAACCCUUGAUGGUCAAACUGUUCAAUCCGAUAAGAAAUCUAUUGGUAAGUUACCUGAAGAAGAUAUCUUUAAGAUUUUGAAUAAAUUUGAUAAUUAUGAAUUGGAAUUUGUUAUGAGAAAACUCAAAUCAUUACAAAGAAGAAGGUGGAGAUUAAUUGGUAGUAAAGUUGAAGGUGAACAAAAGUAUUUAAUAUUAUCAAGGAUUCGUCCUGUUAAAAGAAGAAGUUUCUUGACUAAAAUUAAGAGUAUAUUUGCAACUGCUGGAGCUGUAUUUUUAGCAUUAGCCGGUAUAAAUCUUUGGUUAGAUGAUAUUCCUAAAUCGAAGGAGAAUCAAGUAGAUAAAUUAAUUAGUCAAGAUGCUAGUACGGUUGAAAUCCCCGUAGUACCUUGGACUCCUCAAAAGCCUGUUAAGGAAGAUGUUGUACCUGUAGAAGUUAACGACGUUGAGAUGGUAGAUGUUCCUAAUAAUUCGUACUGGAAAUCGAUAUUGUGGAGUGGCAAAUAGGCAAUCAGCCAACUAUUAUUUUUAUAUUUCUUAUUAGUAUUAUGCCGAAGUUGAGUGGAAUGGAAAUGGAAUGGAAUGGAAUGGAAUGGAAAUGGCAUGAAAUGGAGUGGAAUGGAUUAUCGGUGGGAGGAAAGAGUAACUACAGGUUAGUUUACUCUCAUAUUAUUGAUUCUAUUAGUUUAGUUAGUUAUUGUUUAAGUUAAUAAA